AUGGCUGAGAGAUUGAAAGCAAAAGAAGAACAGGCGAUAAAUAUGGGUAAUCGCUUGAAACUUGUCGAAGAGGCUUCCUCUUUGAGAGUUCGCGAACUCAAACUUCAACUGAAACUUGUGGCUGAAAAACUAGAGAGGAAAACAGCAGAAUGCCGCAAGUUACGGAGUGAGUUGUCAGUAAAUAAAAGUAAUUCACAGUUGGUUUCUAGAGAAUCUACACAGCAGCAUAGGUCUCAUGUGAUGAAAUCACCGUCGGAAUCGCAGUCCCCAACCUCCGCAACAUCAACGAGUUCAUUUGACCAACUUCAAGAAGUUGAGAAUUGCCGAGGAGCUGGACCAUCAGCAGUUGGAAAUCAACGAGGGAAGGUGAUGGAAAGAAGAGCACUUCAAGCGAACGCAUUAAGAGCAUCAUCGAAUAGCGUUCAUCUGGAGUCAUCUUCGAAUGCUAGCGUCCAACCGUUGAUGACUUCAACACCGAUGCAGUCGUUUGUAGAAGUUGAGGAAAAUGGAGAGAAUGUUGAGCACGCUAGUGUUUUAUCACCGAUCAAAUUGCCUUUAACACGUAAAGUGUUGUCGAAUGGUGAUGGUGUUAAUAAUAACAACAACGAGAAUAGGGUGACGACAACUUCUUUCAAUGAUUUGCUAUUGAAAAGAAAUCAGCAACAACAAGAACAACAACGAAAUAUGGCUGAAAAUAUCCUUAAAGUUACUUCGGGGCAAGAUGACGUAAAGAUGAAAGAUGUCGCAGAAACGAAUGCAAAAGCCGGAACUUCAGCUGAGAAUCAUUCAGAUGAAAUAGAUCCUGUUAUGCAACAAUAUAUGAAUAUUGUCUUGAAGAAGAGGGAAGAGGAAAAAAAGACGAAAGAACAACGAGAGGUUGGUUAUAUUGUAUUGCGAGAGUAUUUUUCGGUUGAUUUUAUUGCAAGUAUGGGCGAAAUUUUUCAAAAAAUUAAACCAACUGUCCCUUGA